AUGUCCCCGUUGGCGCUGAGGGUGGUGCUCCUUCUGGACCUUCUGGUAGUGCCCCUACUCCACCAGCUGGUAGUGAGGGUGAGGGAGACUGUUUACGUUACCAAGGGAUCGGCACCUUCUCCCACCCCCUCUGCUGACAAGCCCGCCACUCCCGAGAAUGAGACACCUGAGGCCGAGUACCCUGCUUCUUCCCAGGUUCCCAGCGGUGCUCUUGCCACUCCUACUCCCUUGUACCCCACUGGUAACAACGGCACCUUCCCCGGUGGCCCAACUGGCUUCAUGACCUCCACCAAGCCUACCUACCCCAUCGGCACUGGUGUCCCAUCCCAGCCCAGCGAGACCAGCCAGCUGCCCACCUUCUCCAUCGUCACCGACGCCGGCACUCCUGUUGCUCCCACUCCCUCCCCCGCUGCCAGCAGCACCGCUAGUGGCGGAUAUGGCAACGGAUACCCUGCUGUUCCCGCUGUCCCCGAGGCUGCCUCAUCUGCCUCCAGUGUGAAGGCUAGCCCCUCUCCUACUCCCGCCGACUUCAGCGGUAACGGUGGCUACGGCACCGACAACUACGGCGCCGGCUACUAA